AGGGGUUCAUAGGGAAAACAGCUUCGCAGCUUCGUAGGCCUCUUACAUCAUGCUCAGUAGCGCUGCGCAGAAGUUACCUGGGGUAUCUCGGCGAUAGCGAGCAGCUCUCGCUCACCUUUAUAAUGUCGCAUCAGCGACUACCAGUCAGUCGUAAGCGUUCUAAUUCGCUUGUUUAAAUUCAUUCUUUUAUUUCCUAUUGUUUUGACGAGGAAGAAAGUGUAUUUUAAUCAUGAUGAAGACUUGGAUUAGAGCAACAUUCCUCUCCAUAGGUCUCUUCUACUUGUUUUUUAUGCAUUCCCCAUUUCUCCUGGAUGUGCGGGUCAAUCCUUACAGUAAUCCGUUCCGGAACUUCACUGGACCUCUCGCAGUGAAUAAUGAACUCGGCGAAGCCGAAAAACUCUUUGAAGACGUACUUUCAGGUCCGGAAUCUAUCGUGUUUCAUGAAGGUUUCCUGUACACUGGACUAGAGGAUGGACGGAUUGUGAAAAUCAAAGAUGAAAAAAUAACUACUGUUGCUCGCACGGGAAAAGCCUGUGAAAUGCCAUAUGAAGAACGCGAGUGUGGAAGGCCACUAGGCAUGAGGAAAGGAAAAGAUGGUCUCCUGUACUUCUGCGAUGCCUAUUAUGGGAUAUUUACAAUGAACUUCACAACAAAUGCUUUGACUAAUAUACUUCCUAGCAGCAAGUAUAUCGAUGGCCAACCACUUAAAUUUCCCGACGAUUUGGAUAUUGAUGAUGAAGGGAAUAUUUACUUCACCGACGCUUCGUCAAAAUGGGACCUGUCGCAAAUUUUGUACCUAAUGUUCGAAAACGAAGCUGGCGGACGUGUAAUUCGCUACAAUAUACAUUCGGGCGAGACUGAAAUUUUGGCUAAAGGACUGCAUUUCCCGAAUGGUGUGCAGCUGUCGAACGACGGAAGUUUUCUACUUGUUUGCGAAAUCAUGAACCGUAGAAUUUUAAGGCUCUUUAUAAAGGGUGAAAAGAAAGGUAAAAUAGAAAUCUUUGCUGAUGCUCUACCAGCUGAACCCGAUAAUAUUAGAAAGAGCUCGGGUGGAGGUUAUUGGGUUGGAUUUACUUCAGCUAGGAAUUCUACCAACCCUCUGCUACCAGAUCGUCUCUCCCUGUAUCCGAACCUGAAGAGAUUUUAUGGACGAAUUCACACAUUCUUCUGUAGUCUGCUGGUCAAGCUUUCGGAGAUCAUCGACAAUUGUUCUUUCAGAUCCGUGGCCUACAAGCUAAACAGAGGAGACUACAUCCUUUCAAUGUUCCCUCGUCACGGUAUUGUCAUAGAGUUUAGCGAAAAUGGCCAGAUCCUGCGUAGUUUCCAUUCCCCUGAUGGAAGGAUUUCUGAUCUGUCGGAAGUUCAAGAGCACGAAGGAUAUCUUUAUCUUGGUUCCUUUGUGAAUCGUUAUUUGGGACGUUUACGACUGUAAAUGACGUCAAUCUGAUACAUUUGUUGCAGGACGAGGACGAAAGUCCAAGCGGAAAUUUUGACAUGGCAAGAUCGUAGCAGUUCAUUUAAAAUGGUGCAUACGACCUUGUUAACUUUCUUCCUGGAGAAGAAAUGACUUAUUUUUAACGAUAUUUAUUCAUUGACGUUAAAGAGCUUGAUGUUCUUUCUAAAUCAUUUUAGUAUUCACUAUUGUAUGCAAAAAGGCAACGAAGCUUGUACAUAAAAAUGUGUCUUGCCUCUCCUUGACCGUGGAAACCCUGCAUGAAAUGUUACUUUCCAUUGAAUAUUUUAUCUCCCCUUUAUUGUGAAACCUCACCAUGGAAUAUUUUACUUCUUAACUGUGAAACGUUUAGAGUUAAGUCGCAAGCACUGAUUGCAGCAUCAAUUGUAUAUCAAUGUAAAUGAUCAAUAAACUUUUAAAACUUA